AUGGCUAAAGGUGAGGACAAGAUUCAGAAGAGUGCUGCUCAGAAAGUGAGCAAGUUUGGUUCCUUCACCGCGGGUGGACUCGCGGCGUGUAUAGCUGUGACUGUGACUAACCCAAUUGAAGUGGUGAAGAUACGGAUGCAGUUACAAGGUGAGCUAAUGGCUGCGAACCAGAGGAUAUACACCAACCCAUUCCAGGCUAUGGGUGUUGUGUUUAGAAAUGAAGGUAUCAGAGGUCUUCAGAAGGGUCUAGUGGCUGCGUACAUUUACCAGAUUGCAUUAAAUGGGUCCCGUUUGGGUUUCUAUGAGCCUAUCAGAGCUGUGAUGAACAAGACUUUUUAUCCAGACCAGGAAUCUCACAAAGUUCAAAGUGUUGGUAUCAACGUGUUUGCAGGUGCCGCCUCUGGUAUUAUCGGUGCAGUCAUGGGUUCGCCAUUGUUCUUGGUGAAGACAAGACUGCAGUCUUACUCUAAUGCAAUCAAGAUUGGUGAACAGACACAUUACACUGGUGUGUGGAACGGUUUGAAGACCAUUUACAUGACGGAAGGUGUUAAAGGCCUGUUCCGUGGUAUCGAUGCCGCAAUCCUAAGAACAGGUGCUGGGUCUUCUGUGCAACUGCCGAUCUACAACACUGCAAAGAACUUCUUGCUAAGAAACGAUAUCAUGGAAGAUGGCCCAUCUCUACAUUUGACAGCCAGUACCAUCUCGGGUCUCGGUGUCGCAGUGGUGAUGAAUCCAUGGGACGUUAUCCUAACCAGAAUAUAUAACCAAAAGGGAGACCUGUACAAGGGUCCAAUUGACUGUUUGGUGAAGACCGUCAAGAUUGAAGGUAUCACUGCCUUAUACAAGGGUUUCGAAGCACAAGUUUUCAGAAUUGGGCCACAUACCAUUCUAUGUUUGACAUUCUUGGAACAAACAAUGAAAUUGGUUCAUGCAUUUGAGUCUAAGGUCCUCGGUCACAACUAA